AAAGACUAUGCGUUUGAUGUGCGUUACACCUUUCGUGAGGUGUAUGAUCGAGCACGGCGUCAUCUGUACCAGUGCACGAGCAACACAAGCCCGCAUGGUUCUCCACCCAACCACGCCGCGAUGGUCCUGAAUGACGAAUCAUUAGCCAGCUCCAGCGGUGAUGUAUUGCAUCGCUCAAGUGGAGACAAUGCAAGCUCGAUGGGUGGUCUGAAACGCGAGUACUCCAGUCGUGCAGAGUCGAUCGUGAGCACUGAGGAAGUUCAGGAGAUGGUGCAAGAACGAUUGCGCGAGGUCGGUAUUUGUCGUUUGUGUAUGGAUGCACCCAUAUCCCGAGUGUUCUUUCCCUGUGGUCACAUAAUCUGUUGCGCCACAUGCGCUGAACGGGUGGAAGAAUGCUCAAUUUGUCGAAAACCAAUUGAACUGCGGCAUCCUUGUUUCCUCCCUUGGAGCGCAGAUGAAGACUUGGAGAGUAUGAUGCAUUCCAGCACCCGACGCACUCGGCGGCUGUCAGCCAAAUCGGAGUUGGACCCUUCGGUAUCUUCCACACCGUCUGUAUUCAUGCCCCAUACAGCCUCAGCUCCAACAUGCAAUCUCUUUUGUCCUCCUUCAACCAACUGUUUGACACUGACCAUUACUGACCCGGUCACCGAGGGUUUGCCCUCGGAUACUUCGACCGCAAUACAGACAAACAUGAACUCCUCGGAGGAGUCAGCCGAUCAAGCUGCUCCUUCACCCGAGGAUUCCUCAAGUCAUACACCCACAGUGAAUAAUACGCCGGUUCAUACGUGUGCCCCAUUACAAUCACAACCUGCACCAACGGCAUCUCCAACAAAUCAUUCCUCCCCACUGAAUCCGACAUCGAAUUCAGAUACCCAAAGUCGGAAUCGUUUAUCAAGUCCGGGUCCGCGUGCAAACAGUCCUCGUCGACCUCCGGUUCACGUGACCUGGCAAACUCCGAUCUAA